ACUGACAGCUGCGCGAGAACCAGCCGUUAGCCGUUAGUCGGCUAACGUUAGCUCGCUAGCAUCGCCCAUGUAAACCAAUGGACUCCGAUGCUAUUUAGAGCAUGCUAGCUGGCUGAGUUUGCUAUUUUAAAUCAUUUGUAUACGCAAUAACAAUGAAUUUGUGGCAGCUUUUGUCAUUAUUAAGAAAGAAGUGCCUUAAUUUGACGCGGUUAAACUCUGUUGUUGUAAUUUAACUGUUCGUGUUAACCUGUGGGAUUUUGGGUAUCAGCUAGACAGGCUGGCUAACUGCUAGCCGUCAUGUAAACAUUAAAAAACAAUUCGAGUCUUCCGUUUAGACUAAAUGUCAGCCACUCAGAUUGAAUCUAGAUUUAGUCAGUGUUGGAAAUAGUUUAGGAUACAUUAAUUUCUACUACAAGAAUAUAUAGUUAAAGUAGAUCAACAUCAGUGUAUAUGGGCCUUUCGUUUCCUGACAGCUGUUAUUAAAGUGUGAGUUCGUGGCUGUGGUUCUGCUCAGGGCUUCAUGGAGCCUGACGUGGUUCGCAUGUACUCCUCAUCUCCGCCGCCAAUGGAAGAUGGCGCUGAGGAAGAAGAUGAUGAAUUCAGUGAUUUCACCGGCGUCCCGAACAGCGUCAGUUUCACAGAAUUCGAGACACCCACAACAUUUGACCAGUCUCGAGCUUUGAACGCCACCUCACCACCGGACAUACUUAGUAAUGGCAGAAUUGUGGGAUUAACUCAACCUGUAGGGUCUAUGAAGUCUAACGGUGUGGCUCCUGGCAGUGGCCACAGUGGCACGCCCAAUGGUCGAACAGUUAGCGUAGAUGAACUUAAAAAGUUCACAGGGCAUCACCAAGCUCAUAUCAACUCCCUGGAGUUUCCAGAGAGCUCUCGGACUGAUAACGAUGCCAUUGACUGCAAUGGUUCUGUUGAAGUGCUUACAAAUGGAUUUGUUACAUUAGACAAAGGAGAAAGCCCUCUUACACCCCACAAAAAGAAAGAAAUCGAGCCCACCGUAGAGCACAGUCCGGAUGUUGGCGAUUUUGCAGACUUUUCUGCUUUCAACCACAAUGAUGGAAAUACAGAUUGGGAACAUUUGAACGUGAGAACGGCUAAAGAUGAUCUUGGUGUUGAAGAAGAAGGAGCUUCUUCAGAGGAUGUUAACAGAGACUCAAGAAUCACAGAGUGUGCCUUACCUGGUUUCUCUUCGGAGAACUCGGAGGGCUUCAGGAAUGGGGACUGGGGUUCCCAUGUAGUGACGGAUUUGGAUCAGAAGUGUCCAGAAACGGAUAAUUCACAUCAGGAUGCUAAUACUACUGAGGCGGUUGACACAGCUCAACCACCAAUGCUUAAUGGUGUUGCUCAAAGCGUUAUUGAUGAUGAAGGCACAGUGGACAACAAGGUGUCACCAGACCCCAAUGGUGAGACAUGUAGUGGUGAACAAUCAGAUGAGAAAGGCUCAGAGAAUGAGACUGAAACUGAGACAGAAACUGAGACCUCUUUUGGUCGGCCACUAUCAACGGAUGCACUUGAAGAAUUUGGGGACUAUAGCACGACAGGAUCCGUACCCUCUCCUCCGCUACAGGAAGAGACAUCAACUCCGGCCGAUGACAGUCAGCUGGCUGAGGAUGACGAUGAGGAUUUUGGAGAUUUUGGUGACUUUGGAGAUGCUAACUCCUUUGGCGGAACUGGAUUUGCUGAAUUUGACCAGCAAGAGACAACAACACAAAUAACUCAGCCUGAAUCAGCCUGUAAUGUCCCUGUGGAACCUGAAGAUGGUGAAUUUGGCGAUUUUGACAAAUCGAAAGAACCCAGUGGAGCAAAGUUAGCAGGUGAGGAAGGAACAACGUGUGUAAAUUUUCCCGAAAGCGACAGUUUCGCAGAUUUCAGCUCUGCGCAAGUGGGUGACGCUGAUGACAGCAGAGGAUGGCAGGCUUUCUCUGAACCAGAUCAAAGCCAAAAUGAUGGGGAUUCCUGGGCAACGUUUGGGCAGGACACAUCAUGCACUGAGAAGUCUGGACAUGACUGGCAUGAAAGCCGACCUGUUGUGGCGCCUCCUAAUGAGGAGCGUAAAAGUUGCACAUCAGCUACUUUGGCUAGCCGUUUGGAGAAGAUUUUCCAGGCCAGCUUUCAACUGGCUCUUGCUCCUCAGGUAGAGGUGAAGGAAGAGGUGCGUGCACUCAGCACCAUCCUCAAACCUCCUGACACAUCACAACAGUUAGAGGGUGACAGAGAGUCUGCCAAUGGGGCACUUCAGGACGUUUGGCAGCAGUUACAGGAUGUUAAUAAUGCCUAUGGUCUCCGGUACCAAUGGGGCGGUUCUUAUACCAAUAAAUUGCUGCUCUGCUCCCUGGGGAUUGACACAAGAAAUAUACUGUUCACGGGUCAAAAAAAGCAGCCUGUAAUUGUGCCAAUGUAUGCUGCCAGUCUGGGGAUGCUGGAACCCACAAAAGAACCAGUAAAGCCUGUCUCUGCGGCUGAGAUGAUCGCCUCAAUAGCACAAUCUCCUUCGGUUGCUUCAGAGUUAAACACCUGCCCACCUGACACCAACCAGGAGUCCCUUCCUCCUGUUCAGUUUGACUGGAGCAGCAGUGGCCUUACAAACCCUCUAGAUGCGAGUGGAGGCUCGUCUCUGCUCAACCUUGAUUUUUUCGGUCCUGUGGACGAGUCGCCCUCUGGCACCGCCACCUCCAUACCAGGUGUUGACCCAGAGCUGUAUGAGUUAACGCAAACCAAGCUGGACACCAACGGAGGAGGUAGUCGAGUCGUGGAUGCAUUCGCCCGCCUAAUGUCAACCGUAGAAAAGACCAGCACCUCCACCAGAAAGCCUGUGCAGAAAGAGGAGAAUCUAAGUGAAGAGGCUCGGAGAGUAAUCGCAAGGCUACCGGAUCUCUCCUUCAUGCAGGCGAAAGUCCUGAUGUUCCCUUCCACGCUGACUCCUCUUCUUCCCUCCUCAACGCCCUCACCCACGCCCGACUGAUGCGUUUUUCUCCUUCACCCUAUUUCAACAGUUUUUCUUUACACAUCAUUUGCAAGUUAUUGUUAAACUGACAGUUGUUUUUAAAAUUGCCGUCAUGGUUCCACUAUUCGUUCUUUGCCAAGUUUUGGUCGUUUUUAAGCUUAAACACAUUGCCAUGCAUAAGAGAGUGAGAGUGAAAGAUGAUGCGAUUGAUUUCUUUAGAAGAGAAAAGAUGUUGGAAAGAUAUUUUUAUUUGUAGAUCAACAGUAGGAAAGCGUUUUGUGUUUAUAUUAGAGCCAAUCUGUAUAUAAUCAGGGAUGAGAUUUUCUUUUGAGUAUUCUACUGUUUAGUUAAAUGUGUGUAUGCGAGAGA